UUCAAUUUUUAAACCCUAAAAUUUAGUUUUAUAGGAAUGUUUUAUUCUGCGAAAGUUUAAUGCUUUUUUGUUGGGAGAAAAUAAAGUUUCGAGCUUUAGAUACGAACCCAGUUCCAUAACUUCUUCUUCUCCAUUACUGUGACUAUGGCGGCUACUCUUGGGAGAUUUGCCUCCAAUUCUAUACGUAAUUCUGUUCAGGGAAUCACCUUGAACAAACCCUUUAUCCGGAAACAGCUUCUUCUUCCUUGGAGUUCUCGAAGUUUAUCUUUUUGCUUAGAUUAUCAGUUUGGCUCUGCGACUGCUGAGGUUUACUCAAAUGCAGGGUCUGAUACCGGUGGUGGUAUUGUCAGUGAAGGGUUUCUAAGAUGGAGAAAUGGAGGAGGGACAUGUCAUAGCUCGGCUCUAAUUGAUUCUUCAGCUUUGGUUGAGUUUGGUGCGGUAGUUCAUGAAAAAGCUGUCUUAGGUGCGGAGGUUCAUGUAGGAUCCGGGACUGUAAUUGGACCAUCAGUUCAAAUCAGUCCUUCCACAAGAAUCGGAUAUAACGUUUCACUCAGCAACUGUAGUAUUGGUGAUUCUUGUGUUAUCCACAAUGGAGUCUGCAUAGGUCAAGAUGGCUUCGGUUUUUACGUUGAUGAACAUGGAAACAUGGUGAAGAAGCCUCAAAAAUUAAACGUAAAGAUAGGGAAUCGUGUUGAAAUUGGAGCAAAUACUUGCAUUGAUCGAGGCAGCUGGAGAGAUACCGUAAUCGAAGAUGAUACUAAGAUAGACAACUUAGUGCAGAUAGGUCACAAUGUGAUCAUAGGAAAGUGUUGCUUGCUUUGUGGUCAAGUAGGCAUCGCUGGUUCAGUAACAAUUGGUGACUAUGUGGCUUUAGGAGGACGAGCUGCUGUUCGAGACCAUGUCUCCAUUGUAUCCAAGGUUCGACUUGCGGCUAAUAGUUGUGUUACUAAAAACAUCACUGAGCCAGGAGAUUUUGGAGGCUUUCCUGCUGUCCCAAUUCACGAAUGGAGAAAGCAGAUUGUUCGAGCUCAGAUUGUGAACAAGAGAAAAACUUGAUUCGAUGUCAUUUGAUUUGAGAUUUUACUAAUUUUGCUUCAUUUUUUUACGUAUAUCAAUGUAGCAAGACAAAGCUUUAAAAACAAUUUAAACAACAAUCAAAGUCAAGAUUCGUGUACAAGUGAAGAUUGUAACUUAACAGUGAUUUAGACUUACAAAGUAAAACACCAAUAAUAUCUAUUAAAAAUGUA